AGUGGGCACCUGUUGGCCUGGCACGGGCUGAAGCGGACACUGAGAAACCUGCACCUGGGGGUGCUCCCAGCCUCGGCCCCCAGAGCGGUGCCCCCCUCUGGACCCUUCUGCUCCUGACGUCCCUGGAGCUGCAGCAGUGGCGUGUCCCGGAGCCAUGGGCCGCAAGCUGGACCUGUCCGGGCUCACGGACGACGAGGCCGAACAUGUCCUCAGAGUGGUCCAGCGUGACAUGAAACUGAGGAAGAAGGAGGAAGACAGGCUCAGUGAAAUGAAGCAGGAGCUCGCGGAGGAAGGCAGCAGAUGCUCAAUCCUGUCCAAGCAGCACCGAUUCAACGAGCACUGCUGUAUCCGCUGCUGUGCGCCCUUCACCUUCCUGCUCAACCCCAAGCGCCUGUGUCUGGACUGCCAGUACAACGUGUGCAAGGGCUGCUGCUCUUACAACAAGAGGGACAAAGCUUGGCUGUGCUCCGCGUGCCAGAAGGGCAGGAUUUUGCGAACCCAGUCCCUUGAAUGGUAUUACAAUAAUGUGAAGAGCCGUUUCAAGAGGUUUGGCAGCGCCAAGGUCCUGAAGACUCUGUACCGAAAGCACAUUAUCGAGCGAGGAGCCCUGUCUGAUCUCCCAGAAAGCAGUGUUCACGAAGGAAGCAACGAGAAUGAUGGCAGCAUCUGUGGCAGUGAAGCCGCCUUCUACAAACAAAGUGAAGGACACAGCAUGGCAGAGACGCUCACAGUCGCCCUGCGUGUGGCUGAGGAGGCCAUAGAGGAAGCCAUCGCUAAAGCAGAGGAGUUCAGUGACAGUUUGGAAAAGCAGAAUGAAGCUCGCUACCUACGUGAUCACAAAGAAGAACUCAUAGAGGAACUUGCCACAACUAUUGUACAAAAAAUUAUACAGAGGAGGAAGCGCUCAGAGAUGCAGACAGAGUAUGAUACUGCAUGGCCACAGCCUCAGUCCUUGAUCCAGACCAGUGAACUGCCUUCUCCAUCUUUGCCCCAGACGUCUUCACAGGGACCCCAAGACCCCCUACGAGCCCCCUACUCUCUCUGGCGUUCGCGGUCUGCAUUCUCUCUCACCAGUGACGACUCUCCAGAUAAGGGUCCUGAGGAGGAGGGUGCCGGAGUGGGGGCAGGUCUGCAGGAGUACUCAUCUCUAAAGAGGGAGGGCAAGGCCACCUCUUUACCCAGCUGGAAGAGCGUUGACCGACUGGACAACUCCAGUGCAUCGUCAGUUCUCCAAAGCCCAGACGGUAAUUGGAUUGCACUGCAUAGCUCUCAACUGUCCCGGCCCAGUCUGCUCACUAAGAGGAAGAGCCUUGUGUUCAGCGUUUUAGAGAAAGAAUCAGGAGUGGUCUCCGCUUACGACGAAAUGGGCUCUGACUCGGAGGUAGAUGAUGAGGGGGGCUGGGGCGCUGCUCUGCAACAGUUCAGGAGAAAACUUUCAGAUGAAACUUACUACACGGACUCUCAGCACGACCCGGAGUGGACUUAUACGCACCAUCAUCCCAUCACUUCUCCUUCCUCGGGACAGUACACCAACACAGAGACACUAAACUCGGACUCAGAGGCAUCUUCUGUGCUUUCGGCAUAUCCACGGAAACCACCACACAACUUGAUGAAAAAGAGAGGCCCAGUGGACACUCACCUGCACCCGCAUCACCCAUCUGUCUACCACCAACACAUGCACUACAACCCAUAUGCACUGCACUCAGAGGCCCUGGAUGUUAAUUUUAACCCUAAGGUGAUGGGGGACAGCAGUGAAGCAGAUGAACGGCAGAAUGAUCCCAUCAAAAGAUCCCGACGACGAAGGAGAAGCAAAAAAGAGUCUUCAUCAGAGCAGAGAACUGGAGGCCAAAGUCACGCACAGUCUAUCUACCCACUAGCCCAGGAGGAUAGUGGAUUCCUACUCAAUGCCCUCCUGAAGCGUGGCUUAAGUGAAGAACACCCUGCAUCUGAAUUUUCCCCUGUGUCUACCACCGCUCCUGAUGUGUUCAGAUCAGACCCAAUGACACCUGAAGACCCCGACACUGUAGCUCCUAACUCAGCUGUCCCCAGCCCCCCUUCCACCUUCAUCACCUCUGGACCCCCCCUCGCUCCCAAAAUGGCUGUCGUAGACCCCAUUGAGGAAGAGUUACGAUCCAGACUCAGCCAGCUGGUCAAACGUGCAAACAGUAAAGACAGCAACACAUCUGAGGAGGAGAGUUCAAAGUGGGCAUCUGAGAAAAUAACUGAAAAAGACAGACAAAGGCAAAAGGACAUGGAAAGUGAAAUGUGGGAUUUAGUCAAUGGACAAGAAGUGCAAACAAAUGAAAAACGAUUAAAAAGCAUGUCGUUUGGAGAGGAAGCAAAGGAGGACUCACAGUUGGACGGAGACAAGAGUUUAGAGGAAGUACCAGAGCAUAAAAUUAAAGAGAAAAGAGAAGUAAGCAGGCAAAGUAAGAAGCAACAUAAACGUGAUCUGGAUAAGGACGCAGGGCACAGAGCUGCCGGGGACAGGAAGAGUGGAUCUUCUAGUGCAAGUUCAGCUGCUGUGACUCCGUCUGCCCAGGAGGGGGCACUGUCAGGCAGUCAGAAAUACUCAGCGGCCUCCCUGUGCAGUAUCACUACGGAGGUCCUGAAGGUUUUGAAUGCCACAGAGGAGCUGAUCGGAGAGGCUGGAGGCGAGGGCUACACCCCCACUGAAUCUGUGUCCCCCAUCUCCAACAGCUCAGAGACACGCCGGCUGGACCAGAGGCUCACCAAGAUGGAGGAGAAUGUGUACCUGGCUGCUGGUGCAGUGUACAGCCUGGAGGGGGCACUAGGUGAUCUAGAGCAGUGUGCACGCGACAUCAGCCGUGGAACGUCUGACACAGAGCUGGCUUUUCUGGAGGAUCAGGUGGCCACAGCAGCAGCUCAGGUCCAGCAGUCAGAGCUACAGAUCUCAAAUAUUGAAGCCAGAAUAUCAGCACUGAAAACAGCUGGGUUGAAUGUAACUGUCUGCAAUCGCUUCUCAAAGUUCAAGCCAAAACCUAAGCCUCAAACUCUAGAUACGUCUCGUCACCAGAGAAGAAAGCUUCCUGCCCCUCCGCUUAAAGAUAAAUCUGAGUCGGAGCAGGAAGUUUUUGAUCCACAGUGAAAGCACAGCCCACAGACAGGGGCUCCUUCAGUGCCUUGACUCAACCUCCGUCCUCGGACCCUCUGACCCUCACACUAUUAGACCCUUGGCCCCUCAGACCCUCAGAUGGGCCCUCGGACCUUCCGACGCUCAGACCCUUGGACCCUCGGACCCUCAGACCCUCAGCUUCACCCCACACUGUUCUCAGAGCCCGGGCUUUCACAACAGCCUUCACAGACACACAGUCCACUCUCUCAGUUGAAUGCAGAUAUGACUGGAUGUUUGGUGUCUGCCUUAAAAUCAAAAACUGUACAGACAACAAACUAGCAUUUCCCUUUUCUAUCUGUUUACAAGAGUAUUGUGAUUAAAUGUACAAUGAAAAUAUGGAAAAUAUAACUUUUUUUUUGUGAACCCUUUUCCCUAAAGAGCCCCAUAGUGUUUUAAAUCUUUUUUUCACAAAAUCUUUAGAGCCAUAUUAGUGUCACUUAUUCAGUUAAUUUGAGCUGCCAAAAACAUGUAUUCAUUACAGAAAAUAUAUUACUGUAACAAUCCCAUAAACCUUUUCCAGUUACUAUAAUUCCUGGAUAAUUAUUGCAAAUGCAAAAGCACAUUGUAGGCUGAGAAAACAUGAAUUUGUAUUGCAGUUAAAUUGGAAAUAUAUACAAAUGUCCAUAUGUUUUAGUUCAUGCCUUGGUCAGUAUUCUUGAACCUAAUCCUCCUAUUUUCAUUUCAACUUUGUGGCCUUUUAUUUGAAAAAAAGUAUUUUUUCAUGUGUUCAAAAAUAGUGUAAUUUGAAAUCUUUAUAUCAAAUGCCAUAUUAUCAUGAUUUUGUUACAAGCAAUUUAUUUUUGUAUUUUAAGAGCUGUUUUUAUGCAAUAUCACUGAAAUAAUUACUAUUGCAAAUUAUUAUUAAUGGCUUUGUAUUUCCUCAAAGCAGCCAUCUCUGUACGGUCUCAAGUGCAUUCUGUUUUCUGUGAUGAAGGCCAUAAAAGCAGUAUGUAUAAUUAUCAUAUUUUUUUUAUUUUAGUAGAAACACUUUUUGAUUUCUUGUAUUUUUGGGUUAGUUUGACCACUUUAACCAUAAAUAAUUAUCCAGUGUGGGAGCAAGGUUGUCUUGUUUGGACUGCUUUGUUGAUCCCAUUUUUAAAAGUGUGGUGUAUAAAAGUUAGCAUGUUUCAAAUUUGUGUAUAAAGUGUCAUAUGAGAGGCACAAGGGUCCAAUCAUCAGUGUCCAGUAUUUUUAUAAGAGAAAAUAUAUAAUAUGUUUGUUAAUAUAUGUAUAUGUGUGAAAAAGAUGGAUAUGAUGUUAUAUAGUGUGUGUAUGCCAAUCAUAUUUGACUAAUCUUACAGUGUUGUGAGCAAGAGAUUGUCAUAAAUGUCUUGAUAAGUCUGGAUUCACACAGGAUUUUUAAAUGUAUAGGAUCCUGUUUAAGUCCACGUUUUUGAUGACUUUGACUGUAGAAUGGAGAGGUGUUCACUUCAUUCACUUUUAUGUGCAAUUGUUUGAAAUGUGGGAAAUUAACAACAAGCAAAAAAUACUAUGUGCCACAGAAAAUUAAUAAAAUUUGCAAGCCUA